AUGCGGAAGACUGGGGUCUCGACUGUGUUUGGAGCCGGAAUUUUAGCCUGUACCGCAAGUGUGCUGCGACUUUAUGGAGCGCAAAAUCUUGGCGGUACUCUCGACAAGACUUAUAGUCUAGUACCUAUACUCCUCUGGAGUAUUGCUGAGGUUAACGUUGGCAUCAUAUGCGGAUGUUUACCACUUCUCCCAUCCUUCAUCAAAAUGACGUUCUUCAAGUCUCCAAGUCCAAACGAUUCCACAGAAAACAGUAGUUCCUACCGCCUGGAACGAAUACCAAAACCAAAGCGCAAUGUUGACGAUUCUAUAUUGCGAACACAAACAAGAAUGGACGAUUCGGAUGAGAGAUUAGACGCGGAACAAUCUGCACUUGCACAAUCCAAUCAAGGCAAUAAUAUAUGGAAGGGGGCUGGGAUAAUGAAGACGAUAGAAAUCGAUCAAAGGAUUUGA